AAAAGUGUCGUUCAGGUCUGCAGCGCUUACAGAAACAAAUCUAAGCUUUAUUUUAUAUAUAACUGUUGAUAUAAAUGACUCUGUAAGAAGAAGCGGUGGUGACAGUAGCUGUGCAACCGCAGAACUCUGGAUCAGGAACAAUGCAAAGCAGCUUCUCGGUCUCUGACAGUGAUGGUUCUUCAUUCGCCCCACUGGUGGUGCUGGAGUUGGCUUCGGAUACUCAGGCAGAGGCCGUAACUUGGUUACUGAAUCGAAUAAAAGACAAGCAACGAAAUGGAGGAGCAGAGUUGCUGGUGGAGCAGCUUCCACUUGAAGUGCAGGGGCAGCAGAAAGGAAAUCCCAAUAUCUUCCUUGUGGGCUCCACGUGGCAGAGGCUUCUGUGUGGAGCAGAAGAGGUUGGACUCUUUAAGGAGUUCCAUGAUGGUACCAUGCGAGGAUUCACUUACGUCAAUCGAGAGAGUUUCAAAGACUUCCAAGGGGAUGGAGAUGAUUUUCUCAGCAUUGCAGAAUGUCAGCACAUAAUCAGGCAUGAGCUGGACACUCUGAGGGCAAGGGGCGAGGCUCACAUACCCGGGUACCCCAAAGUAAAAUUAUACCCUGGGAAAUCAGUCAUACGUAGGUUGCAGUCCAAAGGAAUUCUAAUCCAGUAUUUUCCACUUCAUGAUAAAGAGGAUCUGAAGAGACUCUCCACCACAUGGUACAAGAAGGUUAGGCUGUCAUUUCAACCUCUAGACGAUAUCAGACAUUACUUCGGCGAGGGCCUGGCGCUCUACUUCGGCUUUCUGGAGUACUUCACGUUUGCCUUGAUGCCGAUGGCCCUCCUCGGCAUCCCUUACUACCUCUUUGUGUUGGAGGACUACGACAGGUACGUCCUGUUCGCCGUGUUCAACCUUCUGUGGUCCACCGUCUUCCUGGAGGUGUGGAAGAGGUGUAGUGCCCAGCUGGCCUACGGAUGGGGGACGCUGAGCCGAAAGAAAGCCUUCGAAGAGCCGCGCCCGGGGUUUCACGGCGUCCUGGGCUUCAAUCCUGUGACGGGCCGCGAAGAGCCGACCUAUUCCAGCUCCAGACGGCAGGCAAGGAUCUACCUGGUGUCCGUUCCCUUUGUGCUGUUUUGCCUGUACCUGUCUCUUCACAUCAUGAUGAUCUACUUCGGCUUGGAAAACUGGGCGCUGAGUAUCUAUAACGAAGACCCCAACUUCUGGACGAGUCUUCUGCUUUUCAUUCCGAGUAUCAUCUACGCGGUGGUCAUCGAGCUGAUGAACCUGCUGUAUCGCUACGCAGCCGAGUUCCUUACAAACUGGGAAAACCACAGACUCGAAUCAUCCUUCCAGAAUCAUCUGGUCCUUAAAGUACUGGUGUUCAACUUUGUCAACUGCUUUGCGUCUUUGUUCUAUAUCGCCUUCGUAAUGCAAGAUAUGGUGCUGCUCAGACAAAGUCUGGCCACUUUGCUGAUCACCUCACAAAUCCUCAAUCAAGUGAUGGAAGCAUUCCUGCCCUACUGGCUGCAGAGGAGACGGAACAAGAAGGUCCACAAGAGAGUGAGGAGGAUAAUGGGAGAUAAAGAGCUCCCCCUGGUGGAACAGGUCCAGCUGGAGGCUGAAAUGAACACCUACCUGGGCACGUUCGAUGACUAUCUGGAGCAGUUCCUGCUGUUCGGAUACGUCAGUCUCUUCUCCUGUGUUUAUCCUCUCGCUGCUCUGCUGGUGCUGCUCAACAACGUCACUGAGGUCUAUUCAGACGCCUUCAAGAUGUGUCACGUGUUCAAGCGGCCCUUCUCCGAGCCCGCGUCUGAUAUCGGGGUGUGGCAGCUGGCCUUUGAGACGAUGAGCGUUACUUCCGUGGUUACCAACUGUGCGCUGAUUGGUUUGUCUCCGCAUGUGCAGGCGUACUUCCCCGAGUCUCAGACGCAGCUCAUCCUGACUGUGGUGGCUGUAGAGCAUGUUCUCCUGGCCGUCAAGUUCAUCCUGGCCUUCAUUAUUCCAGACGUGCCCAAGGACAUUCAGACUAAGCUCGCCAAGCUGGAGUUCGAGUCUCUGGAAGCUCUGAAGAAGAAGAAAAUGCUGGAGGUCGCAGAGAACCCAAAAUCUGAGAAGUAAUAAGGAGCGGCGGCGGCGGCCCGGUUCACGACGAUGCCGACGUUAAUCCGUGCUGGAUGAACCUGCCUCAGGUGUUUACAUGUAGCCCCAUCCAAGUAUUAAACAUAACUCCAUAUGAACGUUCA